UAGACGACGUCGUGUAAUUGCAAUGUGAAAUACUAUACAAAGCUUUGUUUCCCUCUAAAAAAAAUUAGUCUCCCUCCAAAUUUCAACUCCAAAGUGGUCAAGUCCCCAACCUAAAAAGAAAAAAAGACGACACAGAGAUUUCAUACUUAAAAAAUAUAAACUCGGAGCUCCGACUCCAUUGUUGCACCAUCGCCAUGUCAAAUCGCCAAGAUGAUCUCGACCUUCUUCUUUCUCUUCAAGACCGCGUUUUGGAAACUCCCCCUGCUUCUCCUUCUCGCCCCCAUUCCCCCGAGUAUUGCUCAGAUGAGGGACCUCCGAGCCGAAAAGGACAGGCGGACAUGUCCGUGUUUAGGGAAGCUGUUCUAGAUUGUCUUGACUACGAGCCCGAUCAUAUACAAAAGGCUUCAAAAUCAAGCCAGACAAAGCUCUGUAAUGAACCCGGGGUCGAGAGGUUUUCGGGUCUACGAAUUAGGAAUGAGUCAGUGACCCCUGCCGAGCUUAAGAACCAUUUCUCAGACAUUCGUUUCGUUCGGUUAUCAACUAUAAAGAAUCUGUUGAUAGGGGAUACUCUUUCUGGGUGUUGGGCAACUGUUGGAGUAUUGACUGAGAAGGGAAAUCCAAGGACUAGCUCAACAGGGAAGAGCUAUUGUAUAUGGAAAAUCGGGUGUUUGGAUGAAACUACUGUUUCAUUAUUCUUGUUUGGUGAUGCUUACAUAAAACUCAGCAAAGAGCAAGCUGGAACUGUGUUUGCUCUAUUUAAUUGUACUGUCCGCAAAGAUUCUAUGGGUCAGGGUUUCUCUUUGAGUCUGUAUUCACCUAAACAAGUCUUGAAGAUUGGUACUUCAGUUGAUUAUGGAGUUUGUAAUGGGAAGAGGAAUGAUGGAGUUGCUUGUACAUCAGUCAUAAACAAACGUCGUGGGAAAUAUUGUAAAUUUCAUAAAUCGAAAGAAUCACAAAAGUAUACCACCAUGCGAAGUGAGCUCAAGGGAGGGAACAUCAGAACAGCGUUUAGGGAUCCACCCAGAUCGGAAGGGAUAUACAUGGUUGAUCCACUGGCUGAUAAAACAAAUUCAAGAAAACCCAAGCAACCUAUGAAACUAUUGUCUGUUGAAGGACUCAAAAAGGCAUUGAGUAAUGCAGGUAAAGUGACAACAAAUUCGUACUCGCAAGGAAUAAGAUUUCUUACAGAGAUCACAGGGAAAGCAGGAAGCAAUAACAUAAAGAAGGAAUCAGCUAUGCAAAACCAAGAAUGCAAUAGCUUUCAGAAGAGAAAAGCAUCUAGUUUGAUCACACAUUCUUCUGAAGCUAUGAGAAAUCAACAACUCAAUGCAAAAAGAAAUAAAACUGAAAAGGAGCAAACUUCAGCAGACAAAACCAAGCAGGGAACAGAAAAGAUGAUUGAAUUAGAUUUUGUUAGCUCAGAUGAAGAAAUGUGAGCCUUAAAGCCAUUGGUCCUCAUGAUCACCUUGCCAAUAAUGAACAUUUUGACUAAGAAAGUAAUACGGCAAGGCUGUAAAGAUUUUACAGUUCUCUGUCUGAUAUAACCUUUGGCAACACUUGCUUUACUCAGAAGAUACAACUCAAUGGAGCUAGUGCCUCUUAGAUUGGAGUCAGCCAGGCAUAUUGUUAUUUCACUCCCUCAAUAUGGUACCGAUUUUCCAAGACAAACCAAUUUGGAGGGUUGUUAAGAGCUAUCUGAUUUAGUCACUAGCACAAAUAAGAAAUUGCAAGAUUUAUAUGUGACAGUUACUAUCGUAUAUUAUUCUUGUGAGCGAGGAUGUUAUUUGCUCUAGUGUUGGACUAAUAAUGUUCUAGUUGGACUCAAACAGUCAGCCUCAGGGCAUACCAUAAUCGAAAUUGACACUUGGGUA